AUGCACCUCGCAGCGCUGCAGCGCGAGGGCGAAGCGCCAACGGUUGCUGCAUCGAUACUGGAGCAUGGAGUAUACGUAGCCAACGUGCCCGCUGGUGGAUGCAUUCAUGGGAUGCACGAGCGCUCGAAACAUACGCUGUACGUGUGCCCCCUACUGACAAAGACCUCGAUGAACGACCAUGUCGAGUCGCUGCUAUCGCGUGUAGCGCGUGUAUGGAGCAGCCAUACGAUACACGUCACAUUUGAGGACGAAGAAACGCCUGAUGAAGACGCACCUGCUCCUGCACAUGCAAAAGAAACGUGCGUGCUGGAAAUCGAGCAUGGCGCACGCAAAGGCGCACUGACAGUGAUGCUUACGCCUGUGAGUGAUCAGCAAGGCGCGUACUAUGGAGCACGAAUUCUGGCGUGCGCUGCAGCUGAUGAUACCCAAACGGAGCGCGUAGCAGCACUCGAACUUGCCCUUCAAGCGGCUCAACACGCCUUGGACCGCGAGCGAGAAAAGUACCGUGCCCUGCUAUCCGCCGAUACAAAGAAUAAAGUCAAAUACUCGCGCAAUUCGAUCGUAAAUCCCGGCCGGAUCAAGCGGCGUAAGGAUGUGGGUGGGUUCGAGGGAAAUUAA